GCGCCGGCGCACCUGUCGGGCUCGCGCUGCCUCGGCUGCCGGUGGGGCGCCGUCCCGCAGCCCUUGCCCGCGGCCCCGACCGCCCGCGCCCCGGAGCCCCCCGCGUGAGGAGCCCGGAGAGUGUGCUGGGCCGCCGCGUCGGAGAGGGGAAGCGAGGAGGGAGACCGUUGUUUCUAACCGGCAGACGCGGCCGGGGCCCUCGAAGCCAGCGGGCGGAGCUUCAUGCCGCUCCCGCGGGCGCGGGCGCACCACACCGGUCCGCCCCGCGGCACGUCCGGCGCCGCUGGGGGCGCCCCGGGGCUCUGAAGCCGCGGCCGUGCGGGCGGCGCCCGGCCUCUCAGGCGGAGCGCCCGUAGCCAGGGGUGAGCUCGGACACAGAUGCGGACCCCGGCGGCGGCGCGCGCGGCAGCCCCCGACUUUACUAUGCCUCUGGGCUGCACGGUCAUCAGACAGCUAAAUGGAGUCUGAGCAACUGUUCCGUAGAGGGUACUGUAGAAACAGCUACAAUAGUAUAACAAGUGCGAGCAGUGAUGAGGAACUCUUAGAUGGAGCAGGUGUCAUCAUGGACUUUCAGACUUCUGAGGAUGACAAUCUGUUAGAUGGUGACACAGCAGUUGGAACUCACUACACGAUGACAAAUGGAGGCAGCGUCAACAGUUCUACACACCUGCUGGACCUUCUGGAUGAGCCGAUUCCAGGUGUGGGUACAUACGAUGAUUUCCAUACUAUUGACUGGGUACGAGAGAAAUGUAAAGACAGAGAAAGGCAUAGACGGAUCAACAGCAAAAAGAAAGAGUCAGCGUGGGAAAUGGCGAAAAGUCUCUAUGACGCGUGGUCAGGGUGGCUAGUGGUGACGCUGACGGGGCUGGCAUCAGGGGCACUGGCUGGAUUAAUAGACAUUGCUGCUGACUGGAUGACCGACCUCAAGGAGGGCGUCUGCCUUACUGCCCUGUGGUACAAUCACGAGCAGUGCUGCUGGGGGUCCAAUGAGACGACGUUCGAAGAGAGGGAUAAAUGUCCGCAGUGGAAAACAUGGGCGGAAUUAAUCAUAGGUCAGGCAGAGGGUCCUGGUUCUUACAUCAUGAACUACAUAAUGUAUAUCUUCUGGGCCUUGAGCUUUGCCUUUCUUGCCGUUUCCCUUGUGAAGGUCUUUGCUCCAUAUGCCUGUGGCUCUGGGAUUCCGGAGAUUAAAACUAUUUUGAGUGGAUUCAUCAUCAGAGGUUACUUGGGAAAGUGGACUUUAAUGAUUAAAACCAUCACAUUAGUACUGGCUGUGGCAUCGGGUCUGAGUUUAGGAAAAGAAGGUCCUCUGGUUCAUGUUGCCUGUUGCUGUGGAAAUAUCUUUUCCUACCUCUUUCCAAAGUAUAGCACAAAUGAAGCUAAAAAAAGGGAGGUGCUGUCGGCUGCCUCGGCGGCAGGCGUCUCUGUCGCUUUCGGUGCGCCCAUUGGAGGAGUCCUCUUCAGCCUGGAGGAGGUCAGCUAUUACUUUCCUCUGAAAACCCUGUGGAGGUCUUUCUUUGCUGCCCUGGUGGCUGCGUUUGUUUUGAGAUCCAUCAACCCGUUUGGUAACAGCCGCCUGGUCCUGUUUUAUGUGGAGUAUCACACGCCAUGGUACCUGUUUGAACUGUUCCCCUUCAUCCUGCUCGGGGUGUUUGGAGGGCUGUGGGGAGCCUUUUUCAUCAGGGCGAACAUUGCCUGGUGCCGUCGGCGCAAAUCCACCCGGUUUGGGAAGUACCCUGUCCUGGAGGUCAUCGCAGUGGCGGCCAUCACCGCCGUGAUCGCCUUCCCGAACCCGUACACGAGGCUCAACACCAGUGAGCUCAUCAGGGAGCUCUUCACGGACUGCGGCCCCCUGGAGGCCUCCUCUCUCUGUGACUACAGGAACGACAUGAACGCCAGCAGGGUCGUCGAUGACAUCCCCGACCGCCCAGCAGGCCUUGGCGUAUACUCGGCUAUAUGGCAGCUGUGCCUGGCGCUCGUCUUUAAAAUUGUGAUGACGGUGUUCACUUUCGGUAUCAAGGUUCCAUCAGGCUUGUUCAUCCCCAGCAUGGCCAUCGGAGCGAUUGCGGGAAGGAUCGUGGGCAUCGCUGUGGAACAGCUCGCGUACUACCACCACGACUGGUUCAUCUUCAAGGAGUGGUGUGAGGUGGGGGCUGACUGCAUCACGCCUGGCCUGUAUGCCAUGGUGGGCGCUGCUGCGUGCUUGGGUGGCGUGACGCGGAUGACUGUCUCCUUGGUGGUCAUUGUUUUUGAGCUCACUGGAGGCCUGGAAUACAUUGUCCCCCUUAUGGCUGCAGUGAUGACCAGUAAAUGGGUCGGCGAUGCCUUCGGGAGGGAAGGCAUUUAUGAGGCGCACAUCCGGUUAAAUGGAUACCCUUUCUUGGAUGCAAAAGAAGAAUUCACUCAUACCACCCUGGCUGCCGAUGUCAUGAGGCCUCGAAGGAAUGACCCCCCCUUGGCCGUCCUGACACAGGACAAUAUGACAGUGGACGAUGUAGAAAACAUGAUCAACGAAACCAGCUACAAUGGCUUCCCUGUCAUAAUGUCAAAGGAAUCGCAGAGACUAGUGGGAUUUGCACUCAGAAGAGACCUGACCAUUGCAAUAGAAAGUGCCAGAAAAAAACAGGAAGGUAUCGUGGGCAGCUCACGUGUGUGUUUUGCACAGCACACGCCAUCUCUCCCAGCAGAAAGCCCUCGGCCACUGAAGCUCCGGAGCAUUCUGGACAUGAGCCCCUUCACAGUGACCGACCACACCCCAAUGGAGAUAGUGGUGGACAUUUUCCGGAAGCUGGGGCUGAGGCAGUGCCUCGUCACUCACAACGGGAUUGUCUUGGGGAUCAUCACAAAGAAGAACAUGUUAGAUCAUCUUGAGCAGCAUGUGGCGCUUUGGGCGCCUCCUUGGCAUUAUAACAAAAAAAGAUAUCCUGCGCCAUAUGGCCCAGACGGCGAACCAGGACCCCGCGUCAAUAAUGUUCAACUGAGCUGCACAGGUGAGGAGAGCGACGAAGCGGAAGAGGAGGCUCAUUUGUUGAAUAGCACAACUCUUUGACCUGAGGGAACCAUCUACUUGUUUUCUCCUUAAAAAAAAAAAAAAAAAGGAAGUAUGAAAGCCAGGCUUUUGCAACACAGGCUGCAAAUAAUGCUGGUGGAGUGCAGUUGCUUGGAGAGGGAACGGCGAGAGAAGGAAACGAGGCGCCACGUCCACACCCACCAGAGCCACGCAUUGGCCCCUGUGUCUGCCGGACGCACGCGGCUGUGGUUGGCAGGCCUCCGGCGCUGCAGACACGCAUGGUCAGCCCCGCUUCUGGAGGGUGCCUUCGAGGUGAGCCGUCUGUAAGACUGCACGGCCUUGCCCCUGAGUGCCAGAGCCGUUCUGCUUACGGUAUGAGUCAUACAGCCGAGCAUUACCUCCCUGCGUCCCGGAGCUCCUUGAUCCCUCCCUCCCUCUGGAGCUGUAACGCAGCCCCCCCUGAGUUGGUGAGCCCGUGUGCCACAGUCCUUUCUCACAUUGAGAUGCAUGGUGACUCUCAUGCCAUCACAGAGGGUGUGGGUCUGCUGGCCGUGGGGUCGCGCCAGCCCCGGGAGCCAUGCACAGGGAAGCCCGGAGUGCGGUGUGAGUCAGAAGCUGCAGUGAAACUCGACUGGAAGGGUAAACAGUCUUCUUUCUGUUUUUUUUUUUUCUUCUCAGACUAUGGAUAAUGUGAAGCUGGUUUUAUGCAAAGUUUCUAUCUCUAGAACUAUAGUGAUAACAAGUACUAUUCAGCGUAAGGAGCCAGGCUGCCGCUGUGACAGAAGAGAUGGGAGAACCCUGUGCAGCUGUGUCUGGUGUUGAUUGCAUGUUUAAACACUGGAAUUUCUUGUUCUUGAAAUUAGAUCAGUCAUUUUUUUUUUCUUUCCUCAAGAUACUUUAACUGCUGACACUGAAGAGGAAAUGUAAUUCAUAACUUGCACUAAAUGUAUAUUUCUUUUCUUAAAAAUUUACCAUUCUUAUUUAUAUUUUUAUGGAUUAAAAUUUAUAAAAUACAGAUCAGUUAAUAUCGCACUUAAACUUACCUUUUUAAUGUGAUUUUUAUAGACUAAUUCAGACUUACAAAUACGGAGAUACAAACAAAGUUUACAGUGGGAGCAAGGGUUUAAAAAGAGGUUGUGGUUAUUUAUGAUCCAGUGUGUACAUAAACCUUUUCUGAUUUCACUGCCAUCCCCUGGAUUAUGUCCAUUUUGAUUCAUUAACUGGAAAGUUGAAACACACUACAAAUCACUUUGCCGAUUAAAACCAGAAAUUAAAUAGUGCUGACCUUAAAAAAGAAAAUCAAACCAAUGAAAACAGUAAAAUUGCAAAGGUAGCAGUUAAAAUUUUAAUGUGAACUUCAUCUUUAACUCUUCGGGUUACACCCAUAAGUGUCAGUGAUGUUUGAACAUCCACAGUGCACGUUUUUGCAGGGUGACCUGAAAAUGUUCUGGUGUAUGUUCGGGACUUUUGUUUUUGGAAAUGUGUCUUAAUCAUGGUCUUGAUUCACUGUUGGCAAAGGCUGUUUGUUUGAAGGGUGACCUAAAUAUUCUGUGAGUGUGCACUUUUGGUAGGAAAUUCAUGUUUGCUGACUGAUGUUUUCUGAAACAACUGGCAACCAGCAGGUUUUACAUUUUGGAAGUAAUUCUUCACUUCCUGGGUCUUAAUGCGUCUGUCACAUAGGAUCUGUACGAUCUUGAAGACUUAUAAGAUCAUGAAGCCAUAUUAGAAUGAUGACUGGAAAUUGAGCAAAACUUUAGGAAUUUCAUCAUCCUUAGUAUUGCCAUCUGCCUAAAGUGAGUAUUUGGCCCUCGUUCCCCGCCUCGGGCUGACCUCAGGGUUUCCUGCUGACCUGGGCAGAGUUUAUUGGGCAUGCAGGUGAGCCCUCGGAGUGGCAGCUCUGCAUGUCUUCUCCCCAGCUAAGUGCACUGGCACGUCAGGGCACGGCUGGACCACAAACUCUGCAUCAGCUGUUGUAGAACUUAAUUGCUUGUCUUGAGUUACAAGCCUUCCAAGGAGAAACCAGUUUCUUUGCAGAUAGCUUCCUUACAUUAAACGUAACUCAGAUUUUAUUUUCUUUGUUUCUUUUUUUUAUUUCAGGCCUUCCUUUCUGCCCCAUCCUGCUUCAUAGACUACAUUUCAGGGUGGAUAUUCAAGGUGGAUAUUAAUUUCCUUCUUGAUGUGUUGCCACCCCUGGUCCUUCUCACUGCUGACAUGCAGGAGCAGUGCUGUAUCUCUAAUGCAUCCGGUGUUACUUUGGUGUUACUAUCUGUUCCACUUUUCCUUUUGAUAUGUUGAGGUGUGUCUGAUUUCUCAACCAAGCAAUGAAAUAGUACAGAUCAUGAAAUGUAUGUGCCUGGCUGACUGGCAAACUAAUAGGCCGACACCACAAGUGGAGCGCCUUAUUUGAGUACCUUUCUGAAAAGGUAUGAUGAGAAUGAGCAAGGGUGUCAGCUUCUCUUACUGAUCAUCGUUCUCAGCCGUGGUUCAUGAAGAACGCUCAGUUUGUUAAUCUGUGAUGUGGCCUAGAGCUGUAUUUAUGUUAUUAUUUAUACUAGUGUAGUAAAGCUGCAUAUCAUCACAGUAGAAGUGAUCACUGUGAUGAAUUAAUCAGAAAAUCGAUUAAAAUCUAUCUGACAAUA